ACAGAGCAGGCACCUCGUAAAUCUGCUCUCACUUCUCUACCUGUCAGGGGCGCCCAGGCAGGGGCAGGGCCUGCCCUGUUUGCCCUGUCCUGGCUUUAUUCCUGUGGGGUGGAGCCUGGCCCCACUCCCAGACCUACUGCUACCUCACAGCCCCUAGGCGUGUGUGUACCCAUCACCACACCUGCUGCUCUGUGCUCCUGCUGUUCAGGGGUUGGUUCCUCAAGAAAGUCAGACUCAGAAGAGGCCACCGGACUGCUAUAGCUAUGGUCCACGGACACAAAGGCUUCCAGUUCCAAAACUGGGCAAGAACGUACGGCUGCUGCCCCGAGAUGUACUAUCAGCCCGCGUCUGCAGAGGAGGUCCGAGAGGUGCUGGCCCUGGCCAGACAGCAGAACAAGCGCGUGAAGGUGGUGGGCGGAGGCCACUCCCCCUCGGACAUCGCCUGCACUGACGGCUUCAUGAUCCACAUGGGCAAGAUGAACCGGGUCCUCCAGGUGGACACCCAGAAGAAGCAGGUGACGGUGGAGGCUGGCAUCCUGUUGGCGGAGCUGCACCCGCAGCUGGACAGGCAUGGCCUGGCCCUGCCCAACCUGGGAGCUGUGUCAGAUGUGACGGCAGCUGGCGUCAUUGGCUCCGGGACGCACAACACCGGCAUCAGGCAUGGUAUCUUGGCCACCCAGGUGGUGGCGCUGACGCUGAUGACAGCGGACGGGACUGUUCUCGAGUGCUCGGCGUCCAGCCACCCCGAGCUGUUCCAGGCGGCGCGCGUGCACCUGGGCUGUCUGGGUGUGGUCCUCACCGUCACCCUGCAGUGCGUGCGGCAAUUCCACCUGCAGGAGACUUCCUUCCCCUCCACUCUGAAAGAGGUCCUCGACAACCUGGACAGCCAUCUGAAGAGGUCCGAGUACUUCCGCUUCCUGUGGUUCCCACACAGCGAGAAUGUCAGUGUCAUCUACCAGGACCACACCAACAAGGAUGCGUACAUCAGAGACAGCUCAGCCCUCACUGACGGUGCAGAACUGAUGACAGAUUUUCCUUCCCAGCCCCCCUCGUCCUCAGGCAACUGGUUUUGGGACUAUGCCGUUGGAUUUUACUUACUGGAGUUCCUGCUCUGGAUGAGCACCUUCCUGCCAUGCCUCGUGGGCUGGAUCAACCGCUUCUUCUUUUGGCUGCUGUUCAACCGCAAGAAGGAGAGCAGUGACGUCAGCCACAAGAUUUUCACCUACGAGUGCCGCUUCAAGCAGCACGUCCAGGACUGGGCCAUUCCCAGAGAGAAGACCAAGGAGGCCCUGCUGGAGCUGAAGAGCACGCUGGAAGCCCAGCCCCAGGUGAUGGCUCACUACCCCGUGGAGGUGCGCUUCACCCGGGGGGACGACAUCCUGCUGAGCCCCUGCUUCCAGAGGGACAGCUGCUACAUGAACAUCAUCAUGUACAGGCCCUACGGCAAGGACGUGCCUCGGCUGGACUACUGGCUGGCCUAUGAGACUAUCAUGAAGAAGUUUGGGGGCAGACCCCAUUGGGCCAAGGCCCACAACUGCACCCGGAAGGAUUUUGAGAAAAUGUAUCCUGCCUUUCCCAAGUUCUGUGCCAUCCGUGAAAAGCUGGACCCCACUGGAAUGUUCCUGAAUUCCUACCUGGAGAAAGUCUUCUACUGAGGCCAGAGGGUACAAAAGCCAGGCCCAUCUCCAAGGGGUGGAAGUCCAGGAGGCAGAGGUUUCCUCCUGACUCACAGCAUGAGCUCAGCUCGUGUCAGGGCCUGUCCACCCCUCCCUCCCUGUCCUCAUGGCACCCAAACCCCACGGACAUCCCCAUGCUGCCCCUCCCUUUCCUGCACCUCUAGUCACCACACUCUGUCCAGGAGAAAGGGGAGCCCUAAUUCAUGCUAUAUUUGUCUAGGAGGUCAGGGACCCUGUAACUCACAAGUUCUGCCUACUAGCAAGGUAUGGAAGUGAAAGUCCCAAGGACUGUGACUUUGGGAUUCCCUUCCAGCCCUCUCAAUAUUAAUUAAAAUAUUAUAGGCAAGCCAGGGAUGUGGCUGAGGGGUGCCACGCCUCCCUGGAAAGUGCAAGGUCCUGAGUUUGGUCCCUGGUACCACCAAAAAAAAAAAUAAAUAAAAUACUAUAGGCAGUCAGAUAGGACCGGGCCUUGUCAAGAGUCAGUGCAGGAGAUAACAUAUUACAACUGUGGCUGGAGGUGCAUUUGUUGAAGGUCAGGCUUCAAGACAAGGAAAAAUGAGGACAUUCACGUACUUCCCCUAGGGAUGAACAGCACUGAUCAAUAUUCUAAAUAACAUCGGUCACCUUGGGUCAGGCCCAAAAACCUCCCUAGCACAUGCUUUCCUGGAAAGUUCUAUUCAGUCGGUGUGUGCUUGCUAUGGGACUUGCUUCCCUGGUGGAUCUCCAUUUAAUCAUUAUUAUCUAAGCAACUAUACUCGUAAUCUUACUAGUUGAGUGUAGUUUUGUCUCAUCUUAUACUCAGGUUGUGAUUCCCCAUUGGAUCAACAGUACCUAAGCAACUGUACUUGUAAUCCUGUUGAUUGA